AUGUGGGAGGCGAUGACCAACGACGUUCGGUCAUCAAUUGGGGGACCCGCAUCACAGAUUAAUCAACGUAGAACCACAGAAGCACUCAAACAUGCGCAUAAUUUACAACCACACCAUAAGCAAUUGCGAGAACA